AGUGGCCGCUGAGGCCAGAGAAGCCAGACAGGCGCCAUGUUUGAUAUGAUCAAGGAAUGGCGCCCUUAAGAGCAUCCAGUGACAACUAAAGCCAGGAUGUCGCCAUAUUUUCUGAAGACACCUUCCGGGUCCCUUAACCCGGCUGUCUAAGUCCAAGCUGCCAUGAAGUGAAUAAACACCGAGGGGUUUUGUUUGUCCCCAUCACAACCCCCGAAUCCCUCGCAGCCAGGCCCUGCUACCUCGGUGCCCUCGACUGCGUUCGGACGCCAAGGCUGGGCGGGGCCCCGACCUCCGGAGCCCUUGCUGUGGACGACGAAAGCUGAGGCCGCGCGCGGGGAGGCGGUGGCCUCGGGGACAAGGCGGCCGCUACUCGGGGCCGGGAGGCCCCAUGGCGCCGCCCCCAGCCCCGCUUCUGGCGCUGAGACCGGGGGAGACCGGGCCUGGUUACAAGAAGCCCGGGGCCGUGAGCUUCGCGGACGUGGCCGUGUACUUCUCCCCGGAGGAGUGGGGCUGUCUGCGGCCCGCGCAGAGGGCCCUGUACCGGGACGUGAUGCGGGAGACCUACGGCCACCUGGGCGCGCUCGGAUUCCCAGGCCCCAAACCAGCCCUCAUCUCUUGGAUGGAACAGGAGAGUGAGGCUUGGAGCCCCGCCGCCCAGGAUCCUGAGGAGGGGGAAAGCCUGGGAGGAGCUCUGAGAGGAGACACCCCAAACAAGAAGGAAGAGGCACCGCAGGAAGGGUCAGGAGCCAAGGGACCCAGAAAGCCUCCCGGGAAGGAGCCUUCUAAAGAGCUGGUUAAACAGAGCCCUAACUGGACCGUCGGAAAAGUUUCGGCCAGAGCACAGCGGCCCACGAGCGCUGCCUGCAGCCAGAGCACAGGCGCGCAGCCGUCCGGCCCGGCCCCCGGCGUGGGCACGCAGGACAGCCAGCGGCGUCACGUGUGUGCGGACUGUGGCCGCCGCUUCACCUACCCCUCACUGCUGGUCAGCCACCGGCGGAUGCACUCGGGGGAGCGGCCCUUCCCCUGCCCGGAGUGUGGCAUGCGCUUCAAGAGGAAGUUCGCCGUGGAGGCGCACCAGUGGAUCCACCGCUCCUGCUCCGGCGGGCGGCGGGGCCGGAGGCCUGGGAUCCGGGCUGUGCCUCGGGCUCCGGUGAGGGGUGACCGGGACCCUCCCGUGCUGUUCCGACACUACCCGGACAUCUUUGAGGAGUGCGGCAACCGGCUGCGCUCACGCACCCGAGCCUCCUCCCUUUUCCCCCCGCCGGACCUGAGCACGGACGCCGAAGCGGCCGCGGCCAUCUUAACUGAGAAACGUUCGCGCGGCGCGUUGCCGCCAUUUCUUUCUGAUGCUCUGUGUCCCUUCCGCUCGCGGCUCUUGGUCCUUGGCCACCCUGGUGGGCCUUCGAGGGGCGGCCUGCUGCGCUCGCGGCCUUCCGGCCCGCGCCCUGGCCCGGGGACGUCUUCCGGCGCGGGCGGCUCCGCGGACCCCGGCCCGGCCCUUGCCAUGGCGCCGCCUCCGGCCCCGCUGCCCGCGUGGGAACCGGACGGCGCGGGGCGCGAGCGGAGGGGGCCGGGCGGCGUGAGCUUCGCGGACGUGGCCGUGUACUUCUCCCCCGAGGAGUGGGGCUGUCUGCGGCCCGCGCAGAGGGCCCUGUACCGGGACGUGAUGCGGGAGACCUACGGCCACCUGGGCGCGCUCGGGUUCCGAGGCGCCAAGCCAGCUCUCAUUUCCUGGGUGGAGGAAGAGGCGGACCUGUGGGGCCCGGCUGCCCGGGAUCCGGAGGUGGGAGAGUGUCUGACAGAAGCAGACGCAGCAGAUUCCAGAAACAAGGAAGAGAAAAAACAAAGAGAAGGGACUGAGGCCCUGAAGAAGAGCCUUUCUGUGGAAGCUCCUGGGCCAAAGGCUCCAACACACCCUUCUGCUGGGUUCCCUGACAGCUUGGAGCAGCCGUCCAAGGCACCUCGCCGGGGUCGCCCCCCACUCUGUACGCAUCCCCCUGUCCCAAGAGCCGACCAGCGUCAUGGUUGCUACAUGUGCGGGAAGAGUUUUGCUUGGCGCUCCACCCUAGUGGAGCACCUGUACACCCACACGGGGGAGAAGCCCUUCCGUUGCCCUGACUGUGGCAAGGGCUUCAGCCAGGCCUCCUCUCUGAGCAAGCACCGGGCCAUCCACCGUGGGGAGCGGCCCCACCGCUGCCUGGACUGUGGCCGGGCCUUCACCCAGCGCUCUGCCCUCACCACUCACCUGCGGGUCCACACGGGCGAGAAGCCCUAUGGCUGUGCUGACUGUGGCCGCUGCUUUAGCCAGAGCUCUGCCCUCUACCAGCACCAGCGGGUCCACAGUGGCGAGACUCCCUUCCCCUGCCCGGACUGUGGCCGUGCCUUUGCCCAUGCGUCAGACCUUCGGCGCCACAUACGCACCCACACGGGCGAGAAGCCCUACCCUUGCCCAGACUGUGGGCGCUGUUUCCGACAGAGCUCCGAAAUGGCAGCCCAUCGGCGUACCCACAGCGGUGAACGCCCCUACCCCUGUCCUCAGUGUGGCAGGUGCUUUGGCCAGAAGUCAGCCAUGGCCAAGCACCAGUGGGUCCAUAGGCCUGGUGCCGGGGGGCCCAGGGGCCGGGGUGCCAGUGCGUUGCCUGUGCCUCUGGCCCCUGGCCAAGGGGACCUGGACCCACCUGUGGGCUUCCAGCACUACCCAGAAAUAAUCCAGGAGUGUGGGUGAUGGUCCUAAAGAUGUCAAGGCAAAGGGUGAAGAUCUAGACAUUGCCUGAGGCCCAGGUUGGGCUCAGGGGCCUGAACCUCUGUGGCAGCUCCAGGGAGGUCCCACAAUUCCAGGCAAGAGGUGGACCUGGGGGAUGAGGAACUUCUUACCUUAGGCCUUCACAAGCUUGAUCUGCUGACACCUUGCUCCCUACUGUCCCAGACUCUAGAAGCCCCCUCUGCUCCGUUAGGGCUGAGGUAAGCACCUGCACAAGACCUCCGCUGUGGGGAAGAAAAGGCUCUUUCUCCACUUAGACAUGUUAAGAGGAUUGAGGUAGAAGGGAAGUUUGCUGUAUUGGUUGUCUUUACUGCAGGGGUUAAAAACUGACGGCCUUGUACUGAAUCUGGCUCGUAGCAAACCUUUUACAAAGUAUUUGUGGUCCAACCAGCAUUUUAAAAUGUUACAAAUCAUGGUUAAGACUUAAAAGGAUAUUUCACACAAAAA